CAGAACUAAGGGAGAAAGAGAUUCCAAGCUUUUUCUGUUUUCCUUUUUCCUCCAGAUUUGUUGAUUUGUUUUUAUCUCUUUUUUUGGAAGAUGAUAGAAUGGAUAAAGCAGCUCAAAACAGCAUUCGGUUUGGCGUUUCUGUGGCUUGUUUGUUUGAUUUACUACACCCAGGGUUUCAGAUCAUUCGUAUGGACAUCAAUUUCUUACCAGCUGAAGGAUAGGCUUAAAUUGUCACCUUCGGCUUCCCAAUUUGUGUUAUCAGUAUCAAUUUUCCCAUGGAGCAUAAAGCCCGUAUACGGGAUUUUGUCUGACUGCAUUCCAAUUAGAGGGAAAAAAAGGAUUCCAUACUUGGUGAUUGCCACUGUAACGUCUCUUGUGUCAUGGCUUAUUCUGGGUAUAAAUUCCUCCGCAAGGAAUUCCAUGUGGCAUCUCAUGGUCUUAUUAACACUGCAAAACCUAGGUUCCGCAAUGGCGGAUGUUGUGAUUGAUGCAAUGAUCGCUGAGGCUGUAAGAUCUGAGAAGGCCUCAUUUGCCGGAGACCUUCAGUCAUUAUCAUGGUUGUCGAUGGCUUUUGGUGGAGUGUGUGGGAGUUUGCUAGGAGGAUAUGCAUUGAACAACUUAGAGAUAAAUAUUAUUUUUCUCCUUUUCUCUGUACUUCCAGCCACACAGUUGUUUUCAUGUGGUUUGGUUAAAGAGUAUUCCAUGGGCAGUGACGAUUUAUUCGAAUUCUCUAAUUCAAGUGAUUCACAUCAUUUGAAUGGGAACACUAACUAUUCGGAUGAAGACACUUCUUUGGAAAGGAAAUCCUAUGUUAGUGCCAGAAAAAGAAAGAACAAAAAGAAAAGUAAAAAGACACAACAUAUGCACAGAAAAGCACAGAUCCAGAAUCCGGGUACGGACAAGUCGCUGCCAUUGGUAUGGUUCCAGUCUCUGAAAGAUGCGACUUACAGCUUGUGCUGUGCUUUUAAACAACCAAUCAUUUUAAGACCCAUGGCUUGGUUUUUCCUAGCACACGUUACUGUUCCAAACCUUUCAACAAUCAUGUUCUACUACCAGACCGAGUUUUUGAAGAUGGAAGCAUCAUUUUUGGGGACUGUACGUGUUAUUGGAUGGUUAGGACUCAUGCUAGGGACAUUUACGUAUAAUCGGUACUUGAAGAAAAUGAAGUUACGAACAAUUCUUGCGUUUGCUCAUAUCGGUUUGGCUUUUUUGAAUCUCUUUGACUUUAUUUUGGUGUCUCGAAUUAAUGUUCAAUUCGGAGUAUCAGACAAGACCUUGGUUCUUUGCGGAUCUGCACUUUCCGAUGCCGUCAACCAAUUCAAGUUAAUGCCAUUCCUGAUCUUGUCCGGACAGCUUUGCCCUCCGGGAAUCGAAGGAACACUAUUUGCACUCUUUAUGUCAAUAAACAACUUUGGGUCCACCGUAGGAUCAUUCGUAGGUGCUGGGUUGGCAUCGAUCUUGAACAUCUCUUCGGGAUCUUUCGACAACCUUCUUUUGGGCAUCGUUAUUCAAAUCUUCUGCACUUUCAUUCCCGUUGAGCUCCUGUUUUUGAUACCAAAGGAAGUGACAGGGAUAGCACCGUAACUGACCUUGAGAUGUUUCAAAAGGACAACAGUAGCUAGCAACCGAGUCCGAGUCCGAGUCUACUAGAUCAUCCUAACCAUUAUGGUCUCUUCAUCAACUUAGUUACUAAAACACGAAUAGCUACCUAUGCACAGAAAUGAAUAGCAAUGGGUACAUUAAGUCAUGAUUCUUGGUUUACAUCAUAUAUCAUCAUUCGGAUAUUAGAUUCAACAAGCAUUGUUGUAUAAACAGAUUCUGGUUGAUUGAUUAGUUACACAAUGGAUAUAAUGAUCUUAAGAAAGGCUAGAGAUAGAGGAUCCAA